AUGGCUCCCAUCCAACACUCGCACCGUCCCACCACAAAGACGGUGAACAAGUCCUUCAAAACCCGCCACGCCUCCAAGUCAGCGAUUAAAGAGCAGUCCAAGGGCAAGGUCGAGGCAUUCGAGAGGGGAAAUCGCAAGACUCCGCAUCAGCAAGUCAUGUCUAAAAUCGACAGGAGGAACAGAGCCAAGCAGUUGAGGUUGAACCAUCAUGCUGCUCGAGGGGAGAAAGAGAGCGUAUUUGCUGGCAAGGAUGGUGCUCCCAGAAUAGUGGCAGUGGUGCCUUUGUGUGGAGAUGUGAAGAUUGAGGAGGUGGUCAAAAGCUUGAACGCCAGUGUGGAUGUGGAGGAAGAUGCUUCCCAACAACAGGGCUCACGGACAGUCGAUGUUCCACGGUUCAAGCAGAAAAUGCAGUAUUUGACGCCAACAAGGGAGCUCAUUCAAACUCUGGACGCUUGCCGAGUAGCAGACUUCGUUCUGUUUACUCUCAGCGCAAAUGAAGAAGUUGAUGAGCUUGGAGAGCAGAUGUUACGAUGUAUUGAAUCGCAAGGAGUGUCAAACGUCCUGACUGGGGUAUACGGCCUGGAGAAGGUGGAGCCUGCGAAAAAGCGACCGGACGUUGUCAAGAGCUUGAAGAGUUUCACUACGCAUUUCUUUGCUACACAAGAGAAGGUACAUGACUUGAGCAAUCGUCAAGAAUGCAGCAAUGUGAUGAGAGGCUUGUGCACUACGAUGCCAAAGGGCAUUCGCUGGAGGGGAGAUAGGAGCUGGAUGCUUCUGGACGACUGCAGAUGGGAGGGAGGUAAUGCUAUCGUGACGGGCGUCGUAAGAGGGAAAGGGUUAAAGGCCGACCGCCUGGUUCAAGUUGGUGAUUGGGGCGACCUACAGAUCGAUAAGAUUACCGCAGCUCCUUUGCAGACCAAGCAAAAGCGGACCAAGACGAAUGAAAUGGCUGUCGACGAAGCAGAGGGCGAGCAGGUUUUGGAUCAGCCGACUGAGGAACAAGACGACCUUGCCGAACUCGCCCCUGAUGACGCAGUGAUGGACGACAUACCCACGGCAUCGAUUGCACCUUCAGAACGUAAGGCAGUCCUACUUGACGAUCACCACUACUUUCAUGAAGACGACAAGGACAAUGUUCCAGCUCCUAAGCGCUUACCGAAAGGAACCAGCAAAUACCAGGCAGCGUGGUAUCUUGGUGACGUCUCGGAUUCUGGCUCAGAUCUUGAAGACAUUGACGAUGAUGAAGACGAGGACAUGGAGUUCAAUGGCUCCGUCGCGGCUGGUCCCGCAGAUGGGCAUUUUGACGAUGUUAUGCGAGAACCUACAGAGGCUGCGCCAUCUGAGUAUCCCCAGAGCGAGAUGUUCGAAGACAACGCGCCUGACGACGAAGCUGAUCAGAUCGAGGCAUACCGAAAGCAAAGGCGUGACGACGCGGAGGAGGAUCUUGAAUUUCCUGACGAGAUCGAGUUGCAUCCUCAUGUGGAUGCCAGAGAGCGUCUUGCUCGUUAUCGAGGACUGAAGAGCUUACGGACAAGCCAAUGGGAGACUGAAGAAGACAAGCCGUAUGAACCGGAAGAGUGGAGUCGACUGCUCGAGAUUGCAGACUACAAGUCUGCAAAGAAUCGUGUGCUCAAGCAAGCGAUGUUUGGUGGUGUGAAACCCGGGACAAGAGUCAAUGUCUACCUGCGCGUACCCGAGGACCGUGUCGAGGAGUUGAAGUCACUGCCUAAGCCAACAAUGCUCUUCUCGCUCCUCAAGCACGAACACAAGAAGACUGCAGUCAAUGUCUCGAUGACGUUGUCUUCAGACUAUCCUAAGCCGAUCAAGAGCAAGGAGACUCUGGUCCUCCAGUGCGGACCUCGACGGUUGAUCAUCAACCCUCUGUUCAGUCAGGCUGGCAACACGCCAAACAACGUCCACAAGUUCGACCGAUUCCUACAUCCAGGACAAACCGCAAUUGCCACUUUCAUGGGGCCGGUGACUUGGGGAAGCGUGCCUUGCCUUUUCUUCAAACCGUCUGGCGCAGCACAGCACGACAACGCAAUCGAGGACCUUGCACAGUCCAUGCAGCCUUCUGGCCUUGAGCUGAUCGGAACUGGAACCACAAUGCCACCUUCGACUUCAAGAAUCAUUGCGAAGCGCAUCAUCCUUACUGGCCACCCAUACAAGAUCCACAAGAAGCUCGUCACUGUGCGGUACAUGUUCUUCAACUCUGACGAUGUGCAGUACUUCCGUGCAUUGCAGCUGUGGACCAAGCGAGGAAGGCAGGGUUUCAUCAAAGAGACCUUGGGAACUCAUGGGUACUUCAAGGCCACAUUUGAUGGCAAGAUCAAUCCUCUCGAUGCUGUGGCUGUGUCGCUUUACAAGCGUGUUUGGCCAAGACAGAGCCGUGCUUGGAGGCCAGGUAUGGAAGAUGAAGCACCGCAGUUGGUCGAGGCGGAGGAAGAUGGUGGAGUCAUGGUGGAAUAG